AUGGGUGCUACGACAUCCCCCGCAAAUGUCAUUAAUGAAGAGUUGCCCACGUCUGAGCCCUUCACACUUAUGCGUAAUGGGUUUCCGCUCAAAGAAAUAAGAAAACGAGCUCUACAUUUUUUUCGGGCAUUUUCUGACUCCUCCGGAGACCACUUUUUAAAAGGACCAAAUGUGCUUAGUAAAGCAGUGGAUAAGUAA